CCCGCCCCGCCAUUUUCGAGGCGCCCUCUUAGUUUUGCGCCUGCGCGCUUGCUCCCGAGCUCACCGGUUGAGCCGUCACUCACGGAAUCGCUGGGGCGCGCAGGAAGGGAGGAGUAGGCCUGACGAGGAACGCGCGCGUCGGGAGUGACGCGCAGGAGCAGAUCAGAUCAACCAUUGGCUUGCCUUCUAUCAUAGUCAGCUGAAAGUGACUUUUCAAGUUUCUUCAGGAUGCCUGCAGCACUUGUGGAGAACAGCCAGGUUAUCUGUGAAGUCUGGGCCAGCAAUCUAGAAGAAGAGAUGAGGAAGAUCCGAGAAAUUGUGCUCAGUUACAGUUAUAUUGCCAUGGACACAGAAUUUCCAGGUGUUGUGGUGCGACCAAUUGGUGAAUUUCGUAGUUCCAUAGAUUACCAGUAUCAGCUAUUACGGUGCAAUGUUGACCUUUUAAAAAUUAUCCAGCUGGGCCUUACAUUCACGAAUGAGAAGGGAGAAUAUCCUUCUGGAAUCAACACUUGGCAGUUCAACUUCAAAUUCAACCUUACAGAGGACAUGUACUCCCAGGAUUCCAUAGAUCUCCUUGCUAACUCAGGACUGCAAUUUCAGAAGCAUGAAGAGGAAGGGAUCGACACAUUGCACUUUGCAGAGCUGCUUAUGACAUCAGGGGUGGUUCUCUGUGACAAUGUCAAAUGGCUUUCAUUUCACAGUGGCUAUGAUUUUGGCUACAUGGUAAAAUUACUUACGGAUUCUCGUUUGCCAGAAGAGGAACAUGAGUUCUUUCAUAUUCUGAACCUUUUCUUCCCAUCCAUUUAUGAUGUGAAAUACCUGAUGAAGAGUUGCAAAAAUCUUAAGGGAGGUCUUCAGGAAGUUGCUGAUCAGUUGGAUUUGCAGAGAAUUGGAAGGCAGCAUCAGGCAGGCUCAGACUCGCUGCUGACGGGAAUGGCAUUCUUCAGGAUGAAAGAGUUGUUUUUUGAGGACAGUAUUGACGAUGCCAAGUACUGUGGGCGGCUCUAUGGCCUGGGCACAGGAGUGGCCCAGAAGCAGAAUGAGGAUGUGGACUCUGCCCAGGAGAAGAUGAGCAUCCUGGCGAUCAUCAACAACAUGCAGCAGUGAUGGCGGCGAGGCUCUGCCGGCGGCCCGCCCGAGCGGUGCUUACGGUGCUGUGUACACUUCGUCGUCAAGAGAAGCCUCUUUCGAGCAAACUGUACUUACCAUCUGCAUUGAGCAGAAAGACUUGUUUUACUGAAGACAAAGAGGUCUUUUAGAUCCAGAAGAGGGGAGUUUGCUCUGAAUUUGUAAACAAGUCUUACCUACUCCUCUUCCCCAGGCCUCUUCUCCAGUUGCCUCCUGCCACCAGCAUCCAUGGUUCAUUUGACACCUUUUUAAAUAUACAGGAUGAGUGACAAACAAACUAGUAAAGUGUAUAUAACUUACCUGUUGUCAUUCUUUUUCUUUUAAAUUUGUUGCUAAUCUCUGAGCAUGAAGACUUCUUGCUAUUAUUCUCAGCUGAGCUGAGGGCUUCCAGGGAAAGUGGAACAAAAUGGUAUUCUUGUUAAGUGUGGGUGGUAGGUGUUGAGUCUUUUCCUUCCCUUUUUUUGGAUCCUUCUCGAGGACAUUUGCUUUCCUCAUGGAAAUGAAUUACAUGCUCAGUGCUGAACUUUGAAGACCAGAUAAUGAAAACUUCUCUUAAAAAAAUAAAAUUCUACUGAACCUGUCUACUCUUUAUUCAUGAGGAAGCCAUCGGAGUGGGCAUAGUUAACCAUUUAAGUGUCUUUAUGUCCUAUCGUGCCACUGAGAUUUGCUGUCACAUGCACAUCAUCUGAAAUUUUACGUUUUCAUAUAAUAAGAUAAUGGAUUUGAUUCUGAAGGAAAUUAGUUAAGAUCAGAUUUUUGGAUCAUAAGUCUUGUGGUUUCAGAUGGUUAUUUGUAUUCCCCCACCUCUUUUUUGUUUUCCCUUUUCCUUUCAGCAAACCUGAGGAGUUAGGGAGAUGGAUUGAUGUGAGUACCAGGAGUGUGAGUCUUUAAAAAGUUGUGGUGGUUCAUAUAAACUGGGCAGGAAUCUGGUUUAUAGAGUUCUCUUGGAGUAAUAUCUCACAACUGGGGUAGAAAGCUCAGGACUGAUCCCCCCCCCCCGAAACUAGUCAUUUAAAAAGUACACUGUUUUUGUUUGUUUUUUUGAAUGAGUACAGUAUGGACAAUUUUGAAAAACCCAAAAACCCAUUUGCUAUGGUGGAAAUGAAAACUAGUAACUCACUGAAGUGGAGGAAUAGUCCUGCAUUUUAAAAGCUUAUAGAAAAAAUUUGAAAUGAUUCAAAAUGUCAAGUAUUAUAAGCUGGUAUUUAAGAUGCUUGUAAAUAUAUUUAUGUUUUUAAUUUUGUAUAAUAAAGAUUUCUUUUUAACUA